AUAUGCGCCUUGAUUUCCAGCAAGUCAAAGCGCUAUUCAUCGCUUUUCAAUUCCUUUUCGAUCGCUUUUCUCAGUAGCUCUGUAGUCGAAGAUGGGCCAUGGAAGCUCCAAAGAUGAAGCUCAGGAGGACUCAGCGGAUGCCUCCGGUUCCACAACCUCCAGAGUUCAACGGCUCCGGCAGCGCCUCAACCGCCACCGCCCCCAUUUCCGCCGCCUCCACCGCGGCUCCGGUUCUGGAUCGCAGCUGAAGAAGUUGCUCAAAGAGGAAGACUUCACCGGCAUCGCCCUCCUUUGCCUCAUCGGCGCGGAGAUGAGAUUCAAGGAUAAAUGGCUGGCAUGCGUUUCUCUCGGCGAGCAGACCUUCCGAACUGCCAUCUCUGAUCAAACCGAUCAGCCUGUCUGGAACUCUGAGAAAAAGCUUCUUUUGGAAAAAAAUGGGGCACGUGUUGCAAGGAUCUCUGUAUUUGAGACUAAUAGAUUGUCGAAGAACAAUCUUAUUGGUUACUGUGAGAUUGAUCUGUAUGAUUUCCUUACUCGGGAUUCAGAGUCCGAUAUAGAUGUAUAUGACCUAUUAGAUCCAACUUCUGCUGGAGGAAUUGUUGGGAAAAUAAGAUUGUCAUGUUCCAUUGAGGACCCAAUGGAAACAGAAAAGAGUUUUGUGCGGCGGAUUUUGUCUGUUGUGGAUUAUGAUGAAAGUGGAAAUCUUUCAUAUGAUGAAUUCUCAAACUUAAUAGAUGCAUUUGGCAAUCAACUGGCUGCUACAAAGAAAGAGGAACUUUUCAAAGCUGCUGACGAGAAUGGGGAUGGAGUUGUCAGCAUAGAUGAGUUGGCUAUGCUUUUAGCUGUUCAGCAAGAAAAGGAUCCCCUUAUCAAUUGUUGUCCUGUCUGUGGAGAAACUCUUCACAUCUCGGAUAAGUUGAAUGCUAUGAUUCAUUUGACCCUUUGUUUCGAUGAAGGAACUGGCAAUCAGAUUAUGUCUGGAGGAUUCUUGACUGACAAGCAGGCUUCAAAUGGAUGGAUGUUCAAAGUAAGUGAAUGGGCUCAUUAUUCAUCCUAUGAAGUUGGAUUGAGGUCUGGAUCAAGUGCUUCACAUAUCCUGGUUUUUGAUAGGCGAACGAAAAGAUUAGUGGAGGAAACAAUUGAUGCCAAGAUUGUGCUAUCUAUGAGAGCCAUAUAUCAAUCUAAAGUUGGGCUUGGACUCAUGGACAAAGGGGCAAAGGAACUCCUGCAGAGCAUCUCCGAAAAGCAGGGCAGGAAAAUGGAUUCACCCGAAUCUGCUAAGGAUAUUGAAAAGUUUAUUUCUUUGUUUAAGGAUCAAUUAAACUUGUCUGAAAUCAAAUAUCCUUUAGAGCAGUUUAAGACAUUCAACGAAUUCUUUAUAAGAGAGUUAAAACCUGGUGCGAGGCCAAUCACCAAUGCUGGAUGUGAUGAUGUUGCUGUAUGUGCUGCUGAUUGUCGGUUGAUGGCAUUUGAAACUGCUGAAGAUUCUACAAGAUUUUGGAUUAAGGGACGGAAAUUUUCUGUACAAGGCCUUUUAGGGACUGAAGUGUGCUCUGAUGCCUUCAGUGGUGGAAGUUUAGUGAUAUUCCGCUUGGCACCACAGGACUAUCAUCGUUUCCAUGUUCCUGUUUCUGGAACUAUUGAAAAGUUUGUGGAGAUACCUGGAUGCUUAUACACGGUUAACCCAAUUGCAGUGAACAGCAAAUACUGCAAUGUGUUCACUGAGAAUAAGCGUGUUGUAUCUACAAUAUCAACCAAAGAAUUUGGGAAGGUAGCUUUUGUUGCUAUAGGAGCAACCAUGGUUGGUAGCAUUAAUUUCACCAAAAAAGAGGGUGACUAUGUCAAUAAAGGAGACGAGUUCGGAUACUUUUCAUUUGGCGGAAGUACAGUCAUUUGUGUCUUUGAAAAGGAUACCAUCAAGAUAGAUGACGACCUCCUGGAGAAUAGUUCAAGACACCUUGAGACGUUGGUUUCUGUGGGAAUGCAAUUGGGCGUGUCCAUUAAGAAACGCUAGGCUAGAGAGAGGUUGCUUAAGGCAGAACCUUGCAUUAUUUGGGCGUGCAAGGAUUCAUGUCUGUUAAGAAUAUUAGUAUUAUGUCCCACAUCGGUGAUGUGAUAUAGCAUAGCUUAGUGUUUUGUACUAUAUAUAUGUGGCCUGUGUUGAGAAAUAAAAUACACCAAAUACAUUACUACUUUCUCUACUAUGUCUAUUUACUUUUCCGCUUA